AUGCUUUCCGCUUAGUUUUGUCCUGAGCGGGACGCCGUAGUCAUCAGGGCCUCCUCAGUGUGUCAGGUGAGGAGGAGGAAGAAAGAGGCAUUCUAGGAGCGGAGAUGGCGGCAGCAGGGGCAGCCUACGAGAACCUGAAGCUGCACAUAACACCAGAGAAGUUUUAUGUGGAAGCUUGUGAUGCCGGAGCAAAUGAUGUACUUGCCAUUGACAGAGUCUCUACAGAGGUGACCCUCACAGUUAAGAAAGAUAUUCCACCUUCAGCAGUUACCAGGCAAAUAUAUGGUAUUCUGGGAACAAUCCGUCUUGUUGCAGGCACAUACCUUAUUGUAAUAACAAAAAAGAGAAAAGUAGGUGAAUUUUUCAAUCAUGUACUCUGGAAAGCAACUGAUUUUGACAUCCUCUCUUACAAAAAGACAAUGCUGCAUUUAACUGAUAUUCAGUUGCAGGAUAAUAAAGUCUUUUUAGCAAUGCUUAGCCAUGUACUGAGCGUGGAUGGAUUUUAUUUUUCUACAACAUAUGAUUUAACGCACACCCUACAACGGUUGGCCAAUACCAGUCCAGAGUUUCAAGAAAUGAGCUUGCUUGAGAGGGCAGAUCCGCGCUUUGUAUGGAAUGGGCAUCUUCUUAGAGAAUUUGCUGCUCAGCCCGAGAUCCAUAGGUUUGCUAUUCCUGUUAUGCAUGGCUUUAUCAUUAUGCACUCUUGUUCAAUUAAUGGGAAAUAUUUUGAUUGGAUUCUUAUUUCUCGAAGAAGCUGUUUCAGAGCUGGAGUGCGCUACUAUGUGAGAGGUAUUGAUUCUGAAGGACAUGCAGCUAAUUUUGUAGAAACGGAACAGAUAGUACAUUACAAUGGGAGCAAAGCUUCUUUUGUCCAAACACGUGGAUCAAUUCCUUUUUUCUGGUCACAGAGGCCAAACCUCAAAUACAAACCAAAGCCACAGAUCAGCAAAACAAUAAAUCAUAUGGAUGGCUUCCAAAGACACUUUGAUUCUCAGAUUAUUAGCUAUGGAAAACAAAUGAUAGUUAACUUGGUUAACCAGAAGGGCUCAGAAAAGCCCCUUGAACAAACAUUUUCACAAAUGGUAAACAGCUUGGGAAAUGGAAUGGUCAGAUACGUAGCGUUUGAUUUCCAUAAAGAAUGCAGUCAUAUGAGGUGGGAUCGGCUCCAGAUUUUAUUGGAUCGCCUAGCUGAACAACAAGAUGAAUUUGGCUACUUUCUAGUUGAUUCUGAUGGGAAGGUGGUGACGCAGCAAGAAGGAACUUUCCGCAGUAACUGUAUGGAUUGCCUGGACCGAACAAAUGUGAUUCAGAGCCUUUUAGCACGCCGCUCUCUCCAAGCACAGCUCCAGAGACUAGGUGUUUUGCAUGUUGGCCAGAGACUUGAAGAACAAGCUGAAUUUGAGAAACUUUACAAAAAUGCAUGGGCUGACAAUGCAAAUGCUUGUGCCAAACAAUAUGCUGGAACAGGUGCCUUAAAGACAGACUACACCAGAACUGGAAAGAGAACUCAAUGGGGCCUACUUAUGGAUGGCUGGAACUCACUAAUUCGUUACUACAAAAACAACUUUUCUGAUGGAUUUAGACAGGAUGCUAUAGAUUUGUUUCUUGGAAACUAUUCAGUGGAUGAAGUAGAUUCUCUCAGUCCUCUUCAUGUACAGAAGGACUGGAAAUUCUUGGCUUUGCCUAUUAUCAUGGUGGUUGCUUUCUCAAUGUGCAUUAUCUGUUUGCUUAUGGCUGGUGACACAUGGACAGAGACAUUGGCAUACGUGAUGUUCUGGGGGAGCGCAAGCUUCGGAACACUAGCUAUCAUCCUUUACAAUGGCAAGGAUUUUGUAGAUGCACCCAGACUAGUCCAGAAAGAGAAGAUGGACUGAAUUUGUGUGUGUGGAAAGCAGCUUGGUAGGGAUGGCUCCUCAAACCACACCUGGAGUCUCUACUGACCUGUUUUCCACACCAGCAUGUGGUUUCUCUUUAUCUUUUUUUAAAGCUUUCAUCUUUGCAGGGUGCAACAGUGAACCCAACUGGGUACUUGGUGGAGGGGAUUGAUUUGUUUUGGUUCUGCAAUCACAGUGAUCUUAGGAGUAACUGCAUUUGCUGGAGAGUGUACGCACUUAAUACAGGGGAGAUUAAGAGAUGAAAGCCAAAUAGCAGGCCUACAGUGCGUUCCCUGGAUUCUUGAAAGGGUCUGCCAAGCUUUACAACCCAGCAGUGUAGGACUAUAAAAACCUUUGAGAUGGCUCUGUCUAAGAAGAGAUGCUGUUUUGAUAGAUCAAGAGCUAUUUACUGCACGAUUGUACCUAAGGUAGGUCUAAGUUACAUUACUUGAUACUAGUAAAAGCCUUUCUGGUUAACAAUAACAAAUAUUGCUGCUUCAAUAAACUUCUAGUCAGGCACUCUUGUUGUCAGGAGGGCAGUUAAUGUUUGCAAGUGCAGGAUUGUAUGCUUGGUUUUUCCCUCCUAUAUGUAUUUGCAUUUCCCUAAGCGGAGGAAGUGAUGUUUGUUUUUUCUCCCUACAAAAGGAAAAUCUCACCUGCAGGUCUGGGACAAUAUGGAUGCAGUAUUUGUGAAAUCAUUGUUGUGCGGAUGAGCUGUACAAUUGACUUGUUUGGAAUGUGUCGAGAGUUUCUUUAAUGACUACAAUCCUUAGACGUAGAUGACAACUUUAGUGUCAUUCAAACUGUAUUGUCUUUUUUGUAAGAUGUAAACGGAAUCAAAGAAUGUAAAACUGCUUAUUUCGACCCUCUUAUGCUAAAGGUCCAAAGUAUUUGUUUCUUUCUGAAGAAAAGGUCCAAGUGUAGAAGAUAUUUCUUACCCUGGCAAACCAGCUGCUAUUUAUGCUGCCUUGGUUUUAAUAGGUAUAACCUUUGGAAGAAACAAUGCAGAUUUGAUAGACUUUCUUGGGCUAAAUUCCAUGUUUGCACUCGGGAUCAGCAUCAGCUUGCUUUUUGUGCAUGCCGUAAUUAUAUUUCUCUACAAUUGUAACUUUCUCUGAAAACAUUUAAGCUCUAAGAGUAGCCUUGUGCUGGUUAUGUGUGUUUCAAAAUUUAGUGCUUCCAAGCUUUAUAUUAAAACUAGAUCUAAAUCAAGGACCAAUUUUAAAAUGAUUCAUGUCAUCCAUUUUCUAAUUACUUGAGUUAAGAACCAACAUGAGUUGGCUUCAGGUGCAGUGCAUUAUUAUAUUUCCUGUUAUUACAGCUGUAUUCAAGAUUGCAAUUAUGGAUUUAAAUCUUAGGAGAACAUGUAAACAGCUAGGGUUAAUACAAUUUUGUCACUCCGAGCUAAAAACAGAAAUCACUGCUGCAGUGUAUGACAACUGAAUAAUACUGUAUAGUCUUUACAAACAACUGUUCACUUCAGACUUUGGUUGGGUGCCUCCCUGGGUUUGUUUAAAUAUUGUCUCACUCAUUUGUAAUCUACGCAGUUCCUAUUUGCUUUUUAGAUGACAUAGUGGAAAGAACUAUCAGUGGCAUUAAAAUCCAUGAAAAUAAAAAUGUAAGAUGCAAGUCAUUCACUCACAUGUAUGGAUAAUGUAAGAAGGCUGUGCAUUAAAUGUAUGGUUUCAUUGUCAAUGGUCCAUGGUUUUUAAAAAUGACUACUUCUUGUUCUGUCUGGUGCAUUUCUGAUUAAGAACUGGUUGCCGCAAAGAAGAAAACUGGGCCAGGUGGUAUUGCUAGAGCAGAAUUCAAAUGUAUAGGCUUGAAGGUUUGAAGGAUGUCUAUAUUCCAGUGCUUUGUUAAGGGGUUGGAUUUCUAAGUCCACAUACAAUGUACCUAAAUAAUAAUAAAAACUUGAGUCUUUUCUA